GUGCGCCAUCUUGUACCCGCACUGCGCGAGUGGAGAAGGUUGUGGCAGUUGUUGAGUUUAAUAUAUAUUAUUCUAUUUACAAGCGUUGGACGCCUACUUUAAUUUGAUACAACCUUAAUUUGAAACAGAGCACAUUUUGAAAUGGCUACGGGAGCAAAUGCAACCCCUCUGGGGAAGCUGCACCCGAGUAUUGGCGCUAAACGAGGGUUUGAAGCCGGGCCCGGUGCGGGGUUAAUGCCUACACCGGGGCCGCCUGUGUCCUUUCCCUCGCUACCGAAUUUUCAGCCCCCAAUUCCAAACGUCUCUUUCCCGCAAGUUCACCCAGUAUUUACUGCGGUGGCUGCUUUUCCCAACCCGCCACAACCACCCCAAGGAGCAGGAAUGCAGUCUCAGUCAGGUAAGCCAGGCUAACUAAUUAGAGAAAGGUCUGGAGUGUAGGGCUGUAUGCGCGAGGCUAAUGUGACGUGUUGGGCUGAGCUAGCUAGCUAGAGAUCUUUCAGACGCUGAUAGCUAACGUUAACUAGCUGAUCAUUCUACGUUUACGUGAAACAUUGCAACUUCAGACAUGCAUCUUAUCACCCUGGCAAGUGAAGUGAACAAGAUAAAGAUAGCUAUCCAUGUAUUAGUAAUAGUUAACAAACAAUGCGCGGUAGUUACUUUUAGCUGCGUAACGUUACUAACUUAACAUUUAGCUAGUUGUCUGUUAAGACAUUUGGAAAUUCAGUCAACAUGUAUAAAGACUCAAGUUGAGAAUACUCUCUAUCUCAUCUGUCAGACUUCGGUCAGAAAAAAGCCAGGAAAAGGAGCCGCUGGAAUAGUGAGACACCCGACCAGAAGACAGUCAUUCCUGGCAUGCCCACCGUCAUCCCGCCUGGACUGACUCGGGAUCAGGAGAGGGCCUAUAUAGGUAACCAUCUUGUACACUACUGUAUAACAGAACUGUACUGUAAACUGCACUGUACUAGUGUUUAGAUUUACAGGAAAUAUGUAAAGUCAAGGGGUGUUACUGUAGCGUGUUCUUCUUUACCUGACCCUGUGGGAUCCAAUUGCCAUGAUUUCCUCACGUUGUGCAUAUUGAAAUGUUAUGCUUAUUAGUUCAUGCCAUGUUUGCUACAUUUCAUCAGUUUAUUGAAUCAUAUAACAGGACAUGUUGGGUCACUCACUGGUAGAGCAGGGAGACUGAGCAAAGUCCAGACUGGUGCAUAACCCCAAACUGUUUGAAAUGCAUUCAUCAAGAUGAUUCAAGUACAGUAUUUGCCAAUACAUUGACACAGCUUUGUCAAAAAUGUAGCAACUGAAGCUAUAAUUCAAAAUCAUAUUGCUCUAACGAAAUUCAGUAUUCUAAUCCACUGAGUAUACUAACUUAUUGAUGUGGAGUGUGAAGGAAGGCCAUUGCCCUAAGACAAGGAGGUACAAUAAUGUGGUUCUCCUAUAGCAAGUUUUUUGUGGCAUUAAGGUUUGCAUACCACUGGAAAUCCAUUAGCAAAUCAGAAAGGUGUCACUGCUUGCCGUGUAUUGUUUUGGGCUGCAGGUCACUGUCCCCUUGUACUUCACCAACUGCCCAGGCAUGAAGGGGUCUACAUUUACAUUUUAGUCAUUUAGCAGACGCUCUUAUCCAGAGUGACUUACAGUUAGUGAGUGCAAACAUUUUCAUACUGGCCCCCUGUGGGAAACGAAGCCACAACCCUGGCGUUGCAAGCGCCAUGCACAACAAACUGAGCUACAGGGGACUAUACCCAUGUUGUCCUUGUAACAUGCAAAAUUAUUCCUCGAUCAUACAUGUGAGUUUAACGUGUGAGCAAUGACGAAAGCAUCAUACUCAUUUCCAGUGUAUCCUUUAAAAUAGGCACUCAUCUGGAUGUUUUCAGACCAAAUUAGUUUAAGAAACAGUCGGCUUGACGCUAAAUGCCUUUCAGCAGUAGUGUAACACCACCAAAUUGGCUUUAAACACUUGUAGGGUGUGUGAAGCAGGUGAGUCUACCCCUCAAUAACAGAAUGGGUUAUCAAUGUCAUUGUUAAUGGUUGGUCUUCCUUGGUAUGUAAACAUUCAUUUCUGCCAGGGUUGGGCGGUAUCCAGAUUUUGUAUUUCUUGGUCCAGGAGGGGAUUGAUCGUCUGCUGUAACCAAGAAGCUUGAUCUUGCAAGCUAGCCACUUAGCUAGCAAGUUAGCAAACCAAAUGCAUAGCUGGAGCCCUGAGCUGGAUAAAUUAUUUGGCACAUCUUAGAUUGUUAACUUAAAAUUAUAAGCAAUUUCAUCUUUUUUUACGGUAUUGAAAAUCAUACCGUCUGUAUUUCAAAAUACCUCAGUAUAUGGCAUACCGCCCAAGACUAAUUUGUGCCUACCUUCUGUUCUCACUUCUAUGUUUACAUUGCUCAUUCAAAACAAGAACUGAAAAAAACAGUCCAAAGGGAUUUGUUGGAAGCACGUAAGAUGAAAUAGCAGUGAAAUAUCAAUUCACAUGGGCUGUCUUCAACUCUGGCAUUGUUUCUCAAUUAAACAAGAAACUUAAUAAUUGAGUCAUUGUUGAAUCUUGUCCGGAAGGGGUGGGAGUUUUUGGCAGUUGGGGGGGAUAGGGUUAAAUUCGGUCAAUAUCCCACAUAGACAGAAAUGUGCAUGUGAUGAGUGAUUUUAUGUUUGUUCCUUCUCAUUUUACAUAACAAAUAGCUCCUCAGCUGUAGCUCUACAGCAGUGCAGAGAGUGACUCUUCAACUUUAUUGAUGUAUAUUGUGUUAGUCCUACUUGUGGAUCAGGUUUCCCUUUUAUGCCAAAGCCACAUUCAACUACCGUCUUAUGACAAUGAUAUCAAAUUUAAGUUAAUCUUGAAUUGAUUGGGGUGGGGUUUGGAAUGUGGUUAAUUUAUGCUGGCGGGCAUCGAAAGGAACCCUGCUCUAAUGAUCCACUCCAAAAUGUUGCUGUAUAAACCCUUCAUUACUGGGAUGCCACAUUUUUCAUCCGUGCAUUUGUAAAACAUCCUGGAGCUUGUUUACUGUUGACGACAGUUCACUUUCAGUUCAAUGAAUUGGCUCUAGAGUUUUGCAUGGUCAUUUUGGUACCUCCGUUUCCCAGAAAUGAAGAAGGGUUUUUACUCAUGUAGAAUAUUUGCUGAAAUUCAAAGUACAUUUUAUUCCCCUUGUAUUUUCAUGUAAAUGAUUCAUCAUUCUUUGUAGUCAUGUGUUUUUGCCUCUCAAACAAAUGAGACAGUGCUUGAAUUUAGAUUGCACUGUCUCCAGUUUAAUGUUAUUGUUGUAACCACAUUUCUCUCCACCCUUCUUGUUUUUCUUUCCUAACCUGAAUUCUUCCAGUCCAACUGCAGAUCGAAGACCUGACUCGUAAACUGCGUACAGGAGACCUGGGAAUCCCUGUUAACCCUGAGGACAGGUCGGGAAAAGUUUUAAACCCACGAACAGUAACAUUUUCUCUACCUUCUUGUCGUUCUUUUGACGCCAAAUGUUGGUCUUUGGUAAAAUUAUACAUAUUUCUCAGAAGAUGCUUUAGGUCCUGAAGUUUAGUAGGUUUAGUAGCCACUGUGAGGACUAGUUAUUAUCCAGCAGUGGUAGUGCCAUAAUAUAACAUAGUAGCUUCAUUUUGUCACCUGAUAUGCUUCUCCUUCCAGUAGUAUUCAGGGAUGUCAUACUUCUAGGUGCUUAUAGUCACAACUUCCAGGAUGACUGAAGACUAAAGUUUUGCUCAGAAUACAUUUUGAAGUAUUACUUUUCAGUGUGACAUCCCAAUCUGCAGGGUUGGGUAGGUUACUUUGUAAAUGUAAUCCGUUAGUUACUAGUUACCUGUCCAAAAUUGUAAUCAGAAACGUACCUUUUGGAUUACCCAAACUCUGUAACGUACUUUUAGAUUACUUACCCCUUAAGAGGCAUUAGAAGAAGACAAAAAGGACCCAUCAAAACAUUUGGUGUGUCAUCAUAGUGGUCUCUGACUUGUGGUCAGUCUCGCUCAGGUGGAACAAACUCAAACUUGCACCUUUUUUCAAUGCUGAAUUGAAUGUCAUUGAGAAAACAGAAAGGUGUCAUAAUGUACAUUUUAGUCAUUUAGCAGACGCUCUUAUCUAGAGCGACUUACAUUAUUGCAUUAAUCUUAAGAUAGUUAGGUGAGACAACAAAUCACAAUCGUAGCAAGUACAUUUUCCCUCAACAAAGUAGUUAUCAGAAAAGACAAGGGCAUAUGUGUGUGUAUAACUAAACAUUUUUAAACUACCCAACCCUGCCAAUUUGUUAGAUGUAGCUUUUAAUUUAUGAAUUGGUAGGAAUCUAAAUUGGAAGGAGUAAAAAGUGGUAAUUAUAUCAACCUUAUGGCUCUGAGUUGUUAUGGUGUGCUGUGAAGUUACCAUGGUCACCUCUCUGGUUAACUUGGUGUUCAAGCAUUUCCAGUUUAUGUUUAUACCCAUCCAAAUGAGCCUCGUUAGAGUUUCUAUUCUUAUAAUAUUCUUAUAUUCCAUAAUUAUUUUCUUAUACUUAAAUGGUAUCAUUGUCUCCUGACAGAUGGCAUUAUUACUAUGCUUUACUUUGUGCUCUGUCAAAAGACAAUUGCCUUCAUAUUCUGAACUCCCCUAUGUAUUUAUUUGGACAAUGAAGCUAAAAUGUUUAAUUUGGCUCUACACUCCAGCAUUUUGGAUUUGGUAUCAAAUGUUUUAUGAGGCGAAAGUACAGAAUGUCACCUUUUAUUUGUGGGGAUUUUCAUACAUAUCUGUUUUACCGUUUAGAAAUGAAUGAACUUGAUGUAUGUAGUCUCCCCCCCCCCCUCAUUUGAAAGUGUAUAAACAGUUUUCAGUGGGGUAUGAGCCCGGUUGCAUAAAACAUCAUAAGUGUUUGCCUUAAGGAAUACUUUUCCCUUGUUUAAGGGUGUUGCAUAGAGCCCCUCAAAAAUGUCCUUAGGUAAGGGCAUACUUAAGGGGCUAUACAGUAGUUUGAAGGCAUGUAUGGCAGAAAGAGUAUCUGGUUACCAUGGAGAUGGCCUGAUUCACUGACUAAACAUUUCAUCAAAGAGAUCGCUUUCAUUUUGUGAGAUAGCGAAAUAGAACUUUAACAGUCAAGACAGGAUAACCACAUUGCUUCAGAAGAUAAUAAACCACGUUUCUUGUAGUUACUUUUUUCUCAACUUGUUUUCUAGUACGUCAAGGUAGCUUACAGAAUAGCUAUAGCUAACCAGCCAGCUAGCUUUGUAACAAUGGAUUGUGCACCUUCCAUUGUUUAGCUAAAUUGCUAGCUGGUUGAUGUUUUCCUUUUGUAACCAGAGCAGAUGAGAUCAACAUUCACCUCCACAAAUGCUGUUUACAUUGAUAUCCAUACAUAAUGAAGCAGUUAAGGGACGUCAUAGGCACCCUUAACUUUUUCCCUUAAUUUAAGGGGGAAAUUCACCUUAAAUGUUUUGUGCAACUGACUUAAAGUUAAGGAAACUUUUAAGGGAAAAGAUAUGGGGGAAAUUAACUUAGAUGUUUUAUGCAACCAGGCCAUGAUCUUUGUUCCAUUGUAACUUUCUCACUCAUCAUUAUUCACAGUUCAUUCAUGAUUAUCCAGAAUCAUGGUAGCAUCCACCUGAAUCUAGACGUGUUCAAAAAAACAUGAUAUUCUAAUUUACAAUAUAAGUGACUACAAAAUUGCACAGUACAUUAUUUAUCAUUCAGUUCCUAUUGGGCAAAACAAACCCGAAACACAAACUGCGAAUGCAUCCAACAAGUUUGACGAGCCACAAGCUUGAUGUAGUGUGCUAGGAAUAUGGAACCAAAUACUACACUUUUGACUACUUUAAUACGCUAUAAGGGAAUUUGGCCAAAUACUUAUAUAUAUUUAUUCAAAUGGAGGGACUAGAUGCAUAAAGUGCCUUCAUUACUAAACGGUAGAUGUAUGAAAAUACCCCCAAAUAAAAGUGUACAUUUUGUACUGUCGCCUCAUAUGAAACAUCCAAUCCAAAAUUCUGGAGUAUAGAGCCAAAAAAAAAAAAAGUAAAUACGUAGGGGAGUGUAUAUCACACUUACUAUAUAUUUCCUACUGCCUUAGCUGUGACCUCUUGUAUUUAUCUUUUAUCAUUUGUUGACUAUAAUUGAGUUAAUAUGUCCACAUGUGCAUCCUGGUUUAGCCAUUUUCUGUCAACUCAGAUGUUGACAAUGUGUUUGUGAAUUUUUUAGAAUGCAUCUUAGAUGAACAACAUUUCUCCAACUUAAAAGUAGGUUUGGGUCAAUACUUAUGACUAAGUUGAUCUAUUAUUGAUUUAACAUCUUAUUAUGAUUGCUUAUAAUGUUGAAUAUUUGUGAUUGCCAGAAUGCAUAUUUCUCCUUUUGAUAGUCAUGUAGCUGUAAGUUAAAGUGAGUAAGUAGACCUAGAUCUAAUAUCUUAAAUAGUUAUAUAAAGAUAUACAGACUAACUAGGACAAGUUUGGUUUUCAGUAAUGGGGUUUCUUUAGAAUAACCUGUUUCUGCCAGUGCUUGACUUUAAUCCUAAUGUGUUACCUUUUUUUCUUGGCUUGUCUCGUCAAUUCAAAUGGUCCAACCAUUGUUAGAUUCCACCUGAAACCUGACAAAUUAACUUUUAACCGUUGGGUGUUUUUCCAUGGUCAUUAAUGGGUUUUCCAUAAUGAAGCUUCCCGAAGUUCCGCCCAGUGGGUUCGACAGUAUUCCAGGCGGAACUUUGAGGCUCUGGAGGAGAAACCCCUCUGAUCCUGACUAUUCCGGAACGACACAGAUUGGCUCUGACACUGUAGUAGUCUGCAUAAGCAUCUAUUAUUCCAGCAGGAAAUGUCAUAUUGUGUGAGAUUGAUAUCUCUUUGUUGGCCACAGUCCCUGUCAUCUGUACUUGACAUAGUUUCAUUAUAAUCUUAAUCAGAUAUUUCCACAGCGACAACAAAAAGCUCAUCGCAGGACGCUAAUAUUGUCACUCCAACAAAUAACGGGAGUGUUUCAGGUUGUCACCGGUGGAAAUUUCAAGAUAUAAAAAGAGAACCCUUUCCUCUAUUUCGAUUUUUCUACUUUUCCUCUCCUGAAUUGUUCAUCGACCAAAUGUUAGCUCUCUUGUGGGAGAGCGCACAAUGAAAAGGGUUAACAUCUAAUCAUAAUUCAUUUUCUCUAACCCCAAAUUACCCCUCGCCAACUUAACCUUUUUCAAGCGCAGAGCCUCUUUAACGCAGCGAAACAGGUUUUCAGGUGUUCCAUCCAAGGGGAGGUAUGGACCUGGCUUAAACACCCUCCACCUCAGCAUCCAAUAUGGCACCGUCCGACUCCCAAAGCCAGCGGUUCCUUGAGGAAUGCUUCCUUUUUUUUUUUAUUGCCCACCCCCUUCCCUUUACAACCUGUAUGCAGGAUUAUUUUUUCUUUUUUUCUUCUAUACUGAACAAAAAUAUAAACGCAAAAUGCAACAAUUUCUAAGAUUUUUCUGAGUUACAGUUCAUAUAAGGAAAUCAUUCAAUUGAACAAUUCAUUAGGCCCUCAUCUAUGGAUUUCACAUGACUGGGAAUACAGAUAUGCAUCUGUUGGUCACAGAUACCUUUAAAAGAAAAGGUAGGGGGGCGUGGAUCAGAAAACCAGUCAGUAUCUGGUGUGAUCACUAUUUACCUCAUGCAGCGUGACAUCUCCUUUGCAGAGUUGAUCAGGCUGUUGAUUGUGGCCUGUGGAAUGUUGUCCCACUUCUCUUCAAUGGCUGUGCGAAGUUGCUGGAUAUUGGCGAGAACUGGAACACGCUGUCGUACAUGUCGAUCCAGAGCAUCCCAAACAUGCUUAAUGGGUGACAUGUCUGGUGAGUAUGCAGGCCAUGGAAGAACUGGGACAUUUUCAGCUUCCAUGAAUUGUGUACAGAUCCUUGCGACAUGGGGCCGUGCAUUAUCAUGCUGAAACAUUAGGUGAUGGCGGUGGAUGAAUGGCACGAUAAUGGGCCUCAGGAUCUCGUCACGGUAUUGCUGUGCAUUCAAAUUGCCAUUGAUAAAAUACAAUUGUUCAUUGUCCCUAGCUUAUGUCUGCCCAUACCAUAACCCCACACCCAUCAUGGGGCACUCUGUUCACAAUGUUGACAUCAGCAAACCGCUCCCACACGACGCCAUGCACGUGGUGUGCGGUUGUGAGGCCGGUUGGAUGUACUGCCAAAUUGUCUAAAAUGACGUUUGAGGCGGCUUAUGGUAGAGAAAUUAACAUUCAAUUCUCUGGCAACAGCUCAGGUGGACAUUCCUGCAGUCAGCAUGCCAAUUGCAUGCUCCCUCAACUUGAGACAUCUGUGGCAUUGUGUUGUGACACAACUGCACAUUUUAGAGUGGCCUUUUAUUGUCCUCAGCACAAGGUGCACCUGUGUAGUGAAUAUUCUGUUAAAUCAGCUUGUUGAUAUGCCACACUUGUCAGGUGGAUGGAUUAUCUUGGCAAUGGAGAAAUGCUCAUCAACAGGGAUGAGAAAUAAGCUUUUUGUGCCUAUGGAAUAUUUCUGUGAUCUUUUAUUUUUGCUUAUGAAACAUGGGACCAACAUGUUGCGUUCAUAUUUUUGUUCAGUGUAGAUAGAUUUAGUUGUUGAAGUGGUGGUUGCCCCUUCAGAAUAGUAUUUAUUACAUAUCACAAGGUGAUAUGUCCCCAUUUUUCAGACGUGUAUAAAAUCCCAGAACCCAAUUGGCCAUUCAAACGCUACAGCCUAGUAGCAACCGAAAUUUCCCUUUGAGAAUGCAGAAAGUAACACCAAUAUUGAUAAUAUCUCAUAACAAGCCCUAUGAGAGAGAACUUUUUUUUUCUCCACCAGUGACCCAAAUGCUUGCCGUAACCAUUGUUUCUCUUGCUUUCCCUUCACUGAUAAGUGGCUUGGGGACGUGGCCAUGCUAUUAUCAAGUGUUCCUUAAAAUGUUUUAUUUCGUGGUAACAUUAUUUAAGGCUUAGUUAGACAUAGGGAAACUUGUGUAUGAUUGUCAAUGGUCUUAGAGAUAUUAAUGGUUGUCUGUCUGUACUCUCUCCCCCCCUCCCCAAGGUCCCCGUCUCCAGAGCCCAUCUACAACAGCGAGGGGAAGAGGCUGAACACCAGGGAGUACCGCACACGCAAGAAGAUCGAGGAGGAGCGUCACUCUCUCAUCACCGAUAUGGUGGCACUCAACCCUGAGUUCAAGCCCCCUGCUGACUACAAGUAUGUGUCCUGUUUUCUGUAUCUCCUAACAUAGUCUUGUUUAUUUGGAUCCCCAUUAGCUGUUACUAGAGCAACAGCUGUUUAUCCUCUAGUUUGUUUCCCCCUCCCCCCAGAUUUGUUUAUUUCUUGUUUGUUCCCUAUGGCGUUUGGUGAUAUCUCAUUUUCAUUUCCCUUUAUGGUCGGUCUGAGUUUCAGAGCUAUUGCUGUAUGUCUUUGGUAGUUUUAUGGCUUCUGAGAACAGCCAUGCUUUAUUUUCUUCACCUUGGCUUGAAUGUGUAGAGGCUGGGUUAUAGCCUUCACUAUACUGAACAUAAUUGUCCCCCACAGGCCCCCAGCUACUAGGGUCAACGACAAGGUGAUGAUCCCACAGGACGAGUACCCUGAGAUUAACUUUGUUGGGUUGCUCAUUGGGCCACGGUGAGCUAUAAGCCUUUACCGUGGAUCUAUCUAAUGUUCCCUUGUGUUGUGGGUCUAUUUGGGGGUUUACUUGGAAGUCCAGUAGGUGGUGCCUAUGAGUCCUUACUACACACACUGAGUAUGUUACUUGUGUCCUUGCAGUGGCAACACCCUGAAGAACAUAGAGAAGGAGUGCUGUGCCAAGAUCAUGAUCCGUGGCAAGGGCUCUGUGAAGGAGGGCAAGGUGGGCCGUAAGGACGGUCAGAUGCUGCCAGGGGAGGAUGAGCCGCUGCACGCCCUGGUCACCGCCAACACCAUGGAGAAUGUCAAGAAGGCGGUGGAACAGGUCAGCUCACACCCCCCACACCCAUCACACUGUCAACUUGUUCUCGUUAUCUACUAGCUUACAGUGAGGGGGGAAAAGUAUUUGAUCCCCUGCUGAUUUUGUACGUUUGCCCACUGACAAAGAAAUGAUCAGUCUAACUUUAAUGGUAGGUUUAUUUGAACAGUGAGAGACAGAAUAACAACAAAUAAAUCUAGAAAAACGCAUGUCAAAAAUGUUAUAAAUUGAAUUGUAUUUUAAUGAAGGAAAUAAGUAUUUGACCCCCUCUCAAUCAGAAAGAUUUCUGGCUCCCAGGUGUCUUUUAUACAGGUAACAAACUGAGAUUAGGAGCACACUCUUAAAGGGAGUGCUCCUAAUCUCAGUUUGUUACCUGUAUAUCAAUUUUAUUUUAUAUAGCCCUUCUUACAUCAGCUAAUAUCUUGAAGUGCUGUACAGAAACCCAGCCUAAAACCCCAAACAGCUAGUAAUGCAGGUGUAGAAGCACGGUGGCUAGGAAAAACUCCCUAGAAAGGCAAAACCUAGGAAGAAACCUAGAGAGGAACCAGGCUAUGAGGGGUGGCCAGUCCUCUUCUGGCUGUGCCGGGUGGAGAUUAUAACAGAACCAUGCCAAGAUGUUCAAAAAUGUUCAUAAGUGACAAGCAUGGUCAAAUAAUAAUCAGGAAUAAAUCUCAGUUGGCUUUUCAUAGCCGAUCAUUAAGAGUUGAAAACAGCAGGUCUGGGACAGGUAGGGGUUCCAUAACCGCAGGCAGAACAGUUUAAACUGGAAUAGCAGCAAGGCCAGGCGGACUGGGGACAGCAAGGAGUCACCACGGCCGGUAGUCCCGACGUAUGGUCCUAGGGCUCAGGUCUCUCAGUUGGCUUUUCAUAGCCGAUCAUUAAGAGUUGAAAACAGCAGGUCUGGGACAGGUAGGGGUUUCGUAGCCGCAGGCAGAACAGUUGAAACUGGAAUAGCAGCAAGGCCAGGCGGACUGGGGACAGCAAGGUGUCAUCAUGCCCGGUAGUCCUGACGUAUGGUCCUAGGGCUCAGGUUCUCAGAGAGAAAGAGAGAACGAGAGAAUUAGAGAGAGCAUACUUAAAUUCACACAGGACACUGGAUAAGACAGGAGAAGUACUCCAGGUAUAACCAACUAACCCCAGCCCCCCGACUAAUAAACUACUGCAGCAUAAAUACGACCCAUUUUCAAUGCCCUGGCUGAGGAAAGGAGGUUCUCACCCAAGAUUUGACGGUACAUGGUCCCGUCCAUCGUCCCUUUGAUGCAGUGUAGUUGUCCUGUCCCCUUAGCAGAAAAAAGACACCUGUCCACAGAAGCAAUCAAUCAAUCAGAUUCCAAACUCUCCACCAUGGCCAAGACCAAAGAGCUCUCCAAGGAUGUCAGGGACAAGAUUGUAGACCUACACAAGGCUGGAAUGGGCUACAAGACCACCGCCAAGCAGCUUGGUGAGAAGGUGACAACAGUUGGUGCGAUUAUUCGCAAAUGGAAGAAACACAAAAUAACUGUCAAUCUCCCUCGGCCUGGGGCUCCAUGCAAGAUCUCACCUCAUGGAGUUACAAUGAUCAUGAGAACGGUGAGGAAUCAGCCCAGAACUACACGGGAGGAUCUUGUCAAUGAUCUCAAGGCAGCUGGGACCAUAGUCACCAAGAAAACAAUUGGUAACACACUACGCCGUGAAGGACUGAAAUCCUGCAGCGCCCGCAAGGUCCCCCUGCUCAAGAAAGCACAUAUACAGGCCUGUCUGAAGUUUGCCAAUGAACAUCUGAAUGAUUCAGAGGAGAACUGGGUGAAAGUGUUGUGGUCAGAUGAGACCAAAAUGGAGCUCUUUGGUAUCAACUCAACUCGCCGUGUUUGGAGGAGGAGGAAUGCUGCCUAUGACCCCAAGAAUACCAUCCCUACUGUCAAACAUGGAGGUGGAAACAUUAUACUUUGGGGGUGAUUUUCUGCUAAGGGGACAGGACAACUACACUGCAUCAAAGGGACGAUGGACGGGGCCAUGUACCGUCAAAUCUUGGGUGAGAACCUCCUUUCCUCAGCCAGGGCAUUGAAAAUGGGUCGUGGAUGGGUAUUCCAGCAUGACCCAAAAAACACGGCCAAGGCAACAAAGGAGUGGCUCAAGAAGAAGCACAUUAAGGUCCUGGAGUGGCCUAGCCAGUCUCCAGACCUUAAUCCCAUAGAACAUCUGUGGAGGGAGCUGAAGGUUCGAGUUGCCAAACAUCAGGCUCGAAACCUUAAUGACUUGGAGAAGAUCUACAAAGAGGAGUGGGACAAAAUCCCUCCUGAGAUGGGUGCAAACCUGGUGGCCAACUACAAGAAACGUCUGACCUCUGUGAUUGCCAACAAGGGUUUUGCCACGAUGUACUAAGUCAUGUUUUGCAGAGGGGUCAAAUACUUACUUCCCUCAUUAAAAUGCAAAUCAAUUUAUAACAUUUUUGACAUGCGUUUUUCUGGAUUUUUUUUGUUGUUAUUCUGUCUCUCACUGUUCAAAUAAACCUACCAUUUUAAAAUUAUAGACUGAUCAUUUCUUUGUCAGUGGGCAAAGGUACAAAAUCAGCAGGGGAUCAAAUACUUUUUUCCCUCACUGUACCUUUCAGUGUCUUUUGAGUUGUAUUAUACUGCCACUAUGCAGUUGUAGUUUGAUUUGUCCACACAUGCUGAGAGUGGUCCAAUCUUGUCUCCUCCGUAGAUCCGUACCAUCCUGAAGCAGGGCAUCGAGACCCCUGAGGACCAGAACGACCUGAGGAAGAUGCAGCUGAGGGAGCUGGCCAGACUCAACGGGACCCUGAGAGAGGACGACAACCGGUGAGCCUGCCACAUUUUGACAGCAGCCAUUCUGUGACGGUUGCAUAAUCACAGGUACCCUGCCUGGCCUGGAUAAAUGUGCUCUCCUCUUCACUUCUCUUGGUUAAAUAUGAAAUGUUUCUCUUUGUUCCCCCCCCCAGGAUCCUUCGUCCGUGGCAGAGCACUGAACCCCGCAGUGUCACCAACACCACCCUCUGUACCAAGUGUGGUGGCGCAGGCCACAUCUCCUCUGACUGCAAGUUCACCAGGUAACUAACCAGCUACAUACUGUUACAUAAAGGAUUUCUGGUCAGAAAGCAGUCUUUUUGCUUGCACACAUUGAAUGACUUUGAAACCAGAUUAUUUUAGCUAACCCAAUCUGGUUUUUGAGAUGAUGCCAGGAACCUGCCCCUUGAGGCGUUGCAGUCCGACUGUAAGUGUGGAGCCUGUGUCAUGAGGGGUGGAGAGUGACAAUGGCUAUGUCUACGCAGAGGUCCCAGAACAGUGGCUACUUGGAGUGAUCAUAGCGCAGACUGAAAAACUAAAGAAAAUAAGGCCAUUCAGGAUCUUUUCCAAAAACCUGCCAUGCAUUAAAAGGAACUCUCUCCUCUCUCUAGCUCCUUUGCGGCGCCCAGGGCCGGUGAGCCUCCCCAGUCUGCCCAGGACAAGGCCCGUAUGGACAAGGAGUAUCUGUCCCUCAUGGCUGAACUGGGCGAGGCCCCUGUGCCCUCCUCUGGCGGGGGACACUCCAACAACCAGAACAGUGGCCACAACAGAGGCAUCAACAACAACCAGCCACCACCGGUGAGUUAAGUGAAGUGACUAGCACGACCUGAGCUUCCAUUUUCUUAGUCUAGCCAUAAAAUAGGCCUUAUGUUCCAAGUUAGAAGAUUCAUGGAUGCUUUUUUGGUGCCUGAGGAGAUUGAGUUUCAUCAGCAGACAAGCUUACAGACGAGACGAUAAAGAAUACAAGCCAUAAGCCAAAAAGUGCCUCUUGUCUCACUCUGUCUUUAUGCAGCAGAGCCGUCCUCCCUGGAUGAACUCUGGCCAGUCUGAGAACAGGAACUUCAACAGCAUGCACGGAGGCCAUGGUGGUCAUGGCAACCAACACGGUGGUCAUGGCAACCACGGGGGUCAUGGAGGUCACGGAGGUCACCACAACUACCCACCCCCCAUGUCCAACAUGGGAGGGCACAACAUGCCCCCCAACAACGGAAUGCCACCCCCGUGGAUGCAGCCCCCACCGCCCCCAAUGGGCCAGGGACAUGGACACCAUAUGGGUAAGAGAGACACCGCCUGCUGUUGAAAUGGGCCGUCUUGUUUCCAUGUUGUUAUCCCAGUUUGUAAAUUGCGUUUGUGGUGUCAUGUACACAUACAUUUUAAUAAACACAGGCCAUCUGUGCUUUGUCUUUGUAAACCAAUCGGUUGUGGCAUCUUGUGUCCCUUCAUAUUUUCUCAUUUGUCUUCAGGUCUGCUGCCACCACCCAUGGGUAUGAUGCCACCACCACCUCCGCCCCCCAACAACCAGCCUCCCCCGCCACCCUCGGGUCCCCUGCCACCAUGGCAACAGCAGGCCCCCCACCCCCUCCCGCCAGCAGCAUGGCCACUAGUGCACCACUGCCAUGGCAACAGAGUAAGAACACUAGAUGCAGGCUCUUUGUUUCUGAAGCUUUGGCCUGUUAAACAGAGAAGUACAGCCAGUUUCUCACACUUUUCAUGUUAGCUUUUGGAGAUUUGACACAUGGCUGCUUUACAUAGAAAAUGUUUGAAGUAUUUCCUCAUUCCUGUAAGAUCUUAGAGGGAUUUCCAACGUUGAAUAAGUGCAGCAUGUUUUUUCUUGAAUGUCAUACUAACUAAAGUUAUUUCCUCCCCAGAUACCACCACAACGUCCAGUCCUGGCACUGGCAACCUGCCACCCUGGCAGCAGCCCCAACAGUCCGCCUCGGCCACCCAGCCUCCCCCCCCCAUGGGCAACCCCUCCAUGGUCCCCCCACCACCUGGGGUCCAGCCCCCUCUCCCCCCCGGCGCCCCUCCUCCCCCUCCUCCCCCACCCCCCGGCUCGGCCGGCAUGAUGUAUGCCCCUCCUCCCCCCCCGCCCAUGGACCCCUCCAACUUUGUCACCAUGAUGGGGAUGGGUGUGACGGGCAUGCCCCCCUUCGGUAUGCCCCCCGCACCACCACCUCCACCCCCCCAGAAUUAA